UUCACUAUGUAAUAGGAGAACGACGCGGUCCUCCAAAUAACUGAAAAAUAAAUGCACGUGAAAGCCAUUUAGGCAUUACAGGUAUACACCAAUAAUAAUACUGUAAAAAAUCUGUCCUCCAUUGUUGUACAUUUAUCAUGGAUCACGUACGCAGUAUCGAUAUUAAAUCAAAAAAAACGUAUUGUAUUUCAAGACGAAUGUAACCGUUGUGAUUGAAUAAUAACGUUAAUUGAGUAAGAGAAUGGCAGACUUUAAUGAAGGCGUUGAUGGGAAAUUGGCUUUUCGGAUGCGUAAAGUCAAUCCCGAACAGUUUCAUACACUCGUCAAGAUGCAUUUAUCUUUUGAAUUGGAUCUCAAUACGGAGGAUAAUGACUGUAUUAUUGAAAAGGCAAAAUUAAAAAAAUGGGGUAUAUUGAAUUUCGCAAGAAAACCAAAGUCUACUAUUAAUCUACAAAAAGUAGAAGGUGCUAGUCUAUCUGAAAAUGGAAUAAAUCAAGUUAAACAAUUGAUAGAAUAUUUAUCCAAAGAACAAAGUAUUAUACAGGAGGGAAUAUUUCGACGUACUGGAAAAUUGACAAGGCAGCAAGAUCUUAAAAAUGCACUUUAUCAAGGUGUUCCUUUAAAUCUUGAAGAUGGUCGAUUCAGCGUACAUGAUUGUGCAUCUGUUUUAAAAGGAUUCUUAGCAGAGCUAUCUGAACCUCUUUUAACUGAUCUUCAUUUUCCAGCUCAUUGUCAAAUUGCUGAAUUAUGCAAUUUAAAUGAUAACACGAACGAAGCCAGAUUACUUAGAUCUUUGCAAUUGCUUUUAUUGCUUUUACCACCUCCAAAUAGACAUAUAUUGAAAUGUGUUCUUAAUCUUCUUAAUAAGACAGCAACUUUUGAACAUAAUAACAAAAUGAACUGUGAUAGUCUUGCUACUCUUUUUACUCCUCAUCUAUUAUGUCCACGAAAAUUAUCACCUGAAGCAUUACACACUAAUUCACAAAAUUUGUCAUGUUUGGUGGCAUUUAUGAUUAAAAAAGGUGUGGAAUUAUUUGAUAUUCCUCCAAAAUUAGCAACCGAUAUAAGAGCUUAUUGGAUAGAACAAGAAAGAAAAUUACUAAGCCCUAAAAAGUCAGAUUUGGAUGAAUCUGUACCAGACACUACAGGCACGGCACAUACUGUAUUUAGUUUUGUUGAUCAUAAAUUGACAGCAAAAGCUAAUUCCACUCAAGAUACUCAAGCAGCACUUGCUCAACUUUAUGCUCAUAUACAAGCAAUGCCAGAGUCUGCAAAAAAACGAAGACUUGUAAAGCAAUUUAAUAAGGAAAAUGGUCAAGGUACACCCAGACAUGUGAAAAAUGUUCGAACUAAGAGUCUUGGAGAUUCAAUAAAGAAGCACAUUUUUCAAAGGAAACUUUUGGGUCAUAAAAAAUUCAUAGAUAUCAAUAUUGGAUGCAACAUUACCAGAUCUAGUAGCGAGGAAAAUAUAUUAUCUACGAGUCUUGAAAAGCCAUUUCUUCAAAAAACUCGUUUCACUAAAUCAGAUGAUGAAUUUAAUAUAGAAAAUUCUGAUACGCAUACUAAUAAUCUUGUACGUACUAAACAUAUUAGUAACAGUACUGGUAGCCUUAAUGCUCCUACUGCAUCGGUUUAUAAAGGUAAAAGGAAAGUUAUGCUCAUGGGUCUUGUAAAUAUUAGCGAUAAACGUACUAAUGAAGAAAGUAAAGAAAUUAGAAACAAGAAAUCUUCAUCAAAACAAAAGAAGUCAUAUGUAAAUAGUCCUGGAAGUUAUAAGACAACAGGUGGAAGUACCUUUCUACAUGAAGAAUCUUCUAAUGAUGGAGAUACAGAAAAAAAUAGUAAUUUAUCUGGUACUCUUAGAUUAUCUAGACAAUCUAGUGAACCACCAGAUAUGUAUUCUUCUCAAAUUACAUCAAAUAAAAUUGAUAGCAGUGAAUUGAUUAGACAAAAUUCUGAGCCAGUAUUUCCAAUAUCUAGAAGAAAAAAUAUAGAAGUCGCUUAUAAACCAAGAAUCACGGGUGUAGACGCAAAAUCUUCUGAAUUGACAAUAAAAUCUGAAUCAUGUACAGAGAAUGCAUGUUCAUAUCCAUCCCCAAUGGUUAAAAACAGAUUUUGGAAUGUAUAUGCUGCUCAUACUUCUACACCAUCAAACCUUUUACGAAGAAGUUUGGUUGCUAAUGAUUAUAUAUUGACACCUAUCACUAAUAAUGACAAAAGCAUGAGUCCUAUCACACAAAGUGCAACUAAAAUGACAAAAGCUAUGCAGGAAACUAUGAUGACUCCACGUUCUCGUAAACCCGUAAUGAUGGUAUCAGGGUCGAAUCUUUGCAAUCUUGCCAAUAUGAAUGACAGUUCCAUACAACAUAAUAUUUCUAAUAAUUUGCGUAGAUCAAAUAUCGAUCUUUUAGCUCAUAUGAGCUGUUCUUCUAUUUUAGAGGAAUUACGUAAACCAGAUAGUGCAGAUGGUGAAUUUAUUUACAUGGAAGGUGUUGACAUAGAUGAUAAAGAAAAUUUUACAGAAGAAAUAUGUCAAAAGCACAAUUUGGGUACUUCAAUUGCAGACGAUUGUUGUACCAUGACACAACAAAGCUCUAUGUCAAUAACAAGCACAUUUAGGGAGUAUUUAUUAUCAAGAAGCGUAUUAACUGCUAGUCCUGUUGAUCUUAGUUUUACUUCACGUACUGAUGAUUUUGAGCAGUCAGAAUCUGACCUAAAUAUUUUAAAUGAAGAUGGACUAUCUAGUAGUUUACUUCGUUGUUUAGAUGGAAACAAUCCAGAAUCUGACACAUCUGGUAUAGCUUCUGGAAGUACAAAUAGCGCGAAUGAUUCGACAGAAAAAAUUGAAGAAACUGUUUCCCCAAGAAAACGGGGAACUAGUUUACAACGUAAUGACUCGAAAAGAUCUAUAAAGGAUAAAAAUGUGUUAAAAGCAGAACGUGGUCAAAGUUUUAAGUACAAACAGAUAAGUGAGUCAAGAUUAAAUUCUAAAAAAGUAAAGGAUACGUUUCAGGAGACAUCAUUUUAA